CCUGGCAGUCUGUGAGUUCUGCAGAGUGCUGCUGUGUUAGUGCUAUGUUUAAAUGCACAGGUUUGCAGCAACAAAUCUCCUCGUGCACAUGUAGUCCUUGAUGCUGACUUUGUGCCUGAGAUUUUCGAGAUUUGGAGAGAGCCAAGACUUCACCUGAGAGUGCCUAAAAUAUCGCAAUGCCUCCUAUUGUUGUACUUCUGGAACUGUGUUGCCAAUGAAGGUGUGUUGCUUAGAGAUUUGAGACUUCAACGAGACCUUCCGAGCUGUGGCUACCUCUUGAAUGCCUUCGUACUGGGAAAAUCCUGGCAGAGGAUGAUUUGUGGUAAAGGUUGCUGGUUGGAGCUCCUCGGGAAAAGGCCUUUCCAGCCCAACAAGCCAACAGAACAGGAGGACUGUACAGCUGUGACAUUGCAUUUCCAAAUAAAAAUUGCAUACGUAUCAAAUUUGAUGAGGAGACUGACCCGAGGAUGGAGAGUAAAGAGGACCAAUGGAUGGGUGUAACUGUCCAAAGUCAGGGGCCAGGAGGAAAUGUGGUGACCUGUGCACAUCGCUAUGAGAAAAGGCAGUAUGUAAACACAGUGCAGGAAACCCGGGAUAUCAUUGGAAGGUGCUAUGUGCUGAGCCAGGACCUCACCAUUAAGGAUGAUAUGGAUAAUGGAGUCUGGAGUUUUUGUGAUGGUCGUUUAAGAGGCCAUGAGAAGUUUGGUUCCUGUCAGCAAGGUGUUGCUGCUACUUUUACUAGAGACUAUCAUUAUAUUGUGUUUGGUGCCCCAGGCACUUACAAUUGGAAAGGGGUGGUUCGUGCAGAGCAAAAGAAUCAGACAUUUUAUGAUCUGGGUAUCUUUGAUGAUGGGCCUUAUGAAGUUGGUGAUGAGAGCCGCCAAGAUAAGAAUCUAGUUCCUGUUCCAGCUAACAGUUACUUAGGUUUCUCUUUGGACUCUGGUAAAGGAAUUGUCUCCCAAGAUGAGAUGACUUUUGUGUCUGGUGCCCCAAGAGCCAACCACAGCGGAGCAGUUGUUUUACUGAAAAAAGAGAAAAAUCAGAGAGCACUUUCACUGGAGCACAUGUUUGAAGGAGAAGGGCUGGCCUCUUCUUUCGGCUACGAUGUUGCUGUUGUGGACCUCAACAGUGAUGGAUGGCAAGACAUUGUUGUGGGAGCGCCGCAGUACUUCGACAGAAGCGGCGACAUCGGCGGCGCUGUGUAUGUCUACAUCAACCGCCAGGGCAAGUGGGACGGCGUGAAACCCAUUCGGCUGAACGGAACCGCCGACUCCAUGUUUGGGCUUGCAGUUGAAAACGUCGGGGAUGUUAAUCAGGAUGGGUAUCCAGAUAUCGCAGUUGGGGCUCCGUAUGAUGGUUUUGGCAAAGUAUACAUUUAUCACGGAUCCAAGAAUGGAAUAAAUACAAAACCAGCACAGAUUCUUGAUGGUGAAAAAACAAACACCAAUUUCUUUGGUUACUCUAUUGCUGGAAACAUGGACCUGGAUAAAAAUUCCUACCCUGAUAUUGCUGUUGGUUCCCUUUCAGAUUCUGUAAAUGUGUACAGAUCUCGGCCUGUGAUAAGCAUUAGAAGAAACAUUACAGUACAGCCUGACAGAAUUGAUCUAAAGAAAAAGAAUCCUGAGGACCAUAGUGAAAUAUGGAUGGAUGUGAAAGCAUGUUUUAAAUAUACUGCAAACCCUCGAGAUUUAAAUCCAAGGAUAAAGAUCAACUAUACGUUUGAAGUGGAAAAUGAGAGGCGGCAGCUGGGCUUGCCAUCCAGGGUUCGGUUCAGUGACCACUCGUCUGAUCAGUUUACUGCAAGUACAACCCUGAAGGGACAGAACUCAUGGCAGUGUGUGACUACAAAGCUUGUACUACAGGAAAAAAUUAAAGAUAAGCUACGUCCCAUUCCAAUAUCAGUCAGUGUUAAAAUUGCUGGCCUGGAGUCUAGCUCACCAUCCACAAGAAAAGAGAGUGCACUUCCAGAUCUUAUACCAAUUCUAAAUUCAAAUGAAUCUGAAACAAAGACCACAAAAGUGGAGUUCUUAAAAGAAGGAUGUGGAGAAGACAAUGAAUGUCACAGCAAUCUGAAACUUCAGUACCGGUUUUGCACUAGAGAAGGAAAUGAAGACAGGUUCACUUCUCUACCGCUGGAAAAUGGUGUGCCAGUGCUUGUUCUGAAAGAUCAGAAAGAUAUUGCCCUGGAAAUAACAGUGACAAACAAUCCAUCUAAUCUAAAAAAUCCACAAGAUGGUGAAGAUGCAUAUGAAGCUAAACUAAUUGCAAAUUUUCCAGACAGUCUGACAUACUCUGCAUUCAGGGAAAUGAGGGGUUAUCCUGAAAAACAGCUAACGUGUGGUGCUAACCAAAAUGGUUCUCAAGCAGACUGUGAACUUGGAAAUCCUUUUAAGAGAAAUUCCAAUGUAACCUUUUAUCUGAUCUUAAGUACCACUAAAGUUAAUGUUGAUACAACAGACUUGGACAUUAACCUGAAGCUGGAAACAACGAGCACUCAAGUUAAUUUGACUCCAAUUACAGCCAGUGCUAAAGUGGUUAUUGAAUUGCUUUUAUCGCUCACUGGAAUUGCUAAGCCUUCUCAGGUAUAUUUUGGAGGUAACAUCGUUGGUGAGAGUGCUAUGAAAUCUGAAGAUAAUAUUGGAAGCCUCAUUGAGUAUGAAUUCAGAGUAACUAACUUGGGCAGACCACUGAAAACAUUUGGUACUGCUUCCCUGGACAUCCAGUGGCCAAAAGAAAUUAGUAAUGGCAAAUGGCUGCUUUAUUUGAUGAAAAUAGACUCCAAAGGCUUGGAAAAAGUCUCCUGUCAACCUGAGAAGGAAAUCAACAGUCUGAAUGUUGCGGAAUCCCAUAACUCAAGAAGGAAGCGUGAGGUUGCAGAGAAGCAGAUCACAGAGAGCCAGGCAUUUCCUUUAUUUGCAGAAAGAAAACACAAAAUCUUGGACUGCAAUGUGAAUGCACGGUGUGUGGACAUAAAAUGUCCCCUGAAGGGUUUAGACAGCAAGGCAUCUAUUGUGCUGCGUUCCAGACUGUGGAACAGCACUUUCUUAGAGGACUUCUCCAAAAUGAAUUACCUGGACGUUCUUGUUAGGGCUUCUAUCAGUGUUCCUGCUGCAGCUAAGAAUGUUAAACUCACAAAUGAAGUUGCUCAGGUGCGUGUUACUGUCUUUCCUGCAAAACCAGUAGCCCUUUAUACAGGAGUACCUUGGUGGAUCAUUGCAGUGGCUAUUCUUGCUGGAAUACUGAUGCUUGCACUGCUGGUAUUCUUACUGUGGAAGUGUGGAUUCUUCCGGCGUUCCAGGUACGAAGACAGUGUCCCCAGCUACCACGCUGUAAGAAUUCCAAAAGAAGAGCGACAGAUCAAAGAUGGGAAAAACAAAGACCUUGAGACAAAACAGUGGCUCACAAAAUGGAAUGAAAAUGAAAGUUAUUCUUAG